CUCAGAACAUACAAAAGUGAAUCCAAGGCAUAGCCAGAUUUCUUACUCACAGCAUUAUCCUUGCUGACUAAUGUUUAGUUCUUUGAUGCUUAACAAUGGGAAACAAAAGCAGCCGAAUCAGUGACCUGCUCUUACUUGUGCUCGAUGACCUUUCUCAGGAAGACUUCAAAAGGUUUAAAGACAAGCUCUCCUAUUCAGACCUCGAAGGAAAGCGUUUGAUAAUUCCCCGAAGUCGGCUAGAGAACGCGGACAGGGUAGAUACCAAGAAUCUCCUGCUCAAGUGUUAUGGUGGAGAUGACGCAAUAGAUGUAACCAUACAAGUGCUCUCGGAUAUUAAUCAGAAACAGUCUGCUGCUAAACUCAGAAAAGAGAAAGAAAAAGGUAUUCUAAAAACAAUUUCAAUUCUCCUUUCAGGUUUGGAGUCUGGUCAGAAAGCACUGGAGAUAUCACCAAAAGAUUACAGGAUUAAAUACAGAGAAUAUGUAUGGGAAGAAUAUCAAGUAAUUCAAGACAAAAAUGCCCUCCUUGGUCAAUGGGUGAACCUGAACAGAAGGUACACCCAACUCUUGAUCAUUCAGAAACAUUGCCUGCUGGAAGAGAAGCAGCAUGAAAUUAUGUCCACUGGAAGGAAACAUGCCAACAUGAUGGGCAAGCAAGCCAGUCCAGGUAGUAUUGCGGCUUUAUUUGACCCUGAUGAUAACAGAGUGAAGCCUAGAACUGUCGUGCUGCAAGGGCCUGCUGGGAUUGGAAAAACAAUGACCGCAAGGAAGAUUAUGUUGGACUGGGCAGUUGGCAAACUCUACCAAGGCAAGUUUGACUAUGCAUUCUACAUAAACUGCAGAGAAAUUAACUUGAUGACUGAGCAGCAGAGUCUGAUUGAUUUAAUCUUUUGGAACUGUCCUGAGAGAAAUGCUCCCCUGGAAGAUAUUUUUGCAAACCCAGAGAGGCUGCUGUUCAUAAUCGACGGUCUUGAUGAACUGAAGUUUCCCUUAGAAUCCAAUGGGGAACAUCUGUGUUUCGAUCCUAGUCAAAAGAAGCCGGUGAAAGUUGUACUGAGAAGUUUAGUCAGGAAAAGCAUUCUUCCCAAAUCAUAUCUAAUUAUCACUACAAGGCCAAUUGCUCUGGAGCAACUGCAGAAGUGUCUGAAGUAUCCCCGCUACAUAGAGAUCCUGGGGUUUUCUGAGAAGGACAGGGAAGAGUAUUUCCACAAGUAUUUUGGGAAUGAGAGGCAAGCGGUACAAGCUUUUGGGGUUGUGAAAGCAAAUGAGAUGCUCUUCACCAUGUGCUUUGUCCCCAUUGUGUGUUGGAUCAUCUGCACUGUGAUGAAGCAACAGAUGGAUAGAGGAGAAGAUCUUGUGCAGACUUCAAAAACAACUACCUGUGUAUACAUGUUUUAUUUAACUAGCUUACUCAGAGAUCACAGUCCAGUGUUGGAAAGAGGUAAACAGAAACAUUUCCAAAACCUUUGUCUCUUAGCCAGAGAAGGAGUCUUGACAAGGAAAAUACUCUUUGAGGAUGAUGACCUCCAAAAACAUGGCUUAAAUGAAGCUGACAUCCGGUCACUCUUCCUUCACAAGAAACUUUUCCAGCAAGAUAUUGAUUGCCAAUCUGCCUACAGCUUCAUCCACUUAAGUUUCCAAGAGUUUUUUGCAGCCUUGUCCUACGUGCUAGAGGAGAUACCAGAAAUGGCCGACAAAUCAGAUUGUUGUUAUGAAGACAUGAGAAAGUUGCUAAAAGAUUUUGGAGAGGGUGGAAAUGAGUACUUAGUGUUGACAGUCCGCUUUCUGUUUGGUCUUUUAAAUGAGAAAAGGAGGAAAACCAUAGAGAAAAGUUUAGGCUGUAAAAUUUGUUCAGAAACAAAACAAGUGCUUUUGGACUGGAUCGAAGCUGAGGUGGCAUCAAAGAGCUGUCAAAAGCAAUCUGAAAUAUUCUCUUGCUUAUACGAGAUUCAAGAAGAGGAGUUUGUGGGAAGAGCAAUGGAUUGCAUCCCUGAGAUUAAGUUGUAUGAUAACUGCCUAGGGAAUGCAUUCAACUCUCUGGUUAUUUCAUUUUGCCUGAGACACUGUCGUAAAGGACAGUCCUUCCAUCUUGGAUAUCUACUUUUUUUGUCAAGCUUAUAUUUUAAUGGAAGAGUGGAUGAAAACCUGCCUCUCCUAUUUGAAGGACUGAAGGAUCCAAGGUGUAAUGUAAGAGAGAUCUGUUUUAAGCGAUGUAAUCUCAGAGCUGCUUCCUUUGAGAUUCUUACCUCUGUCCUCACCAUGAAUCAACACAUCAGAGAAUUCAACUUACAGCAAAGCGACCUAGGAGAAGUGGGAGUGAUCAAACUCUGUCAAGCACUCAAGCAUCCCAGCUGCAAACUGCAGAUACUGAGAUUACGUUGCUGUAACCUCAGCCCCAAAUCAUGUGAGAAACUAGCCUCUAUUGUUCCUAAAAACCAGAACCUGAGAAUGCUUUAUUUGGACUUUAACAAUAUAGGGGAUGCUGGACUAAUAGAGCUCUGCCAAAUGUUGAUGCAUCCAGACUGCCAACUGCAGGUACUCAGCUUGCUUGGUUGCAAUCUCACUGCUGCUUGCUGUGUGAAUCUUGCUUCUGUUCUCUGUAAAAACCAGUCCCUGCUAGAGCUGUCUCUAGGCCAUAAUGAAGAAAUGGGAGAGGCUGGCAUGCGGCUCUUAUGCGAAGGCCUUCUACAUCCAAAUUGCAAAAUAGUUUCACUAAGGUUGGAUUCAUGUGGACUGACAGAGGCAUGCUGGGAAGCUUUUUUGGCAGCUCUCAAAACAAACCAGUCUCUGCGAGAGCUUGAUCUACAAAAUAAUGAUGAUUUGAAGAGGUACCUGGAAGCUGAUAAACGAAGCAGGAUAAGAGAAUUGAAGCAGCAUAACUUUAGAAUACAAAUAAGCUUAUAGGCCCACAAUAUGGGGAAGGUGGGUUUGCUUGUUUCUAAUAAAGUUAACUAGUGGUUGUCUAAUCUGUUAAAAUGGUAGUUUGAUUAUCUGUAUAUGAUUUAAAUUUUGUUUAGAGAUUUAGGAUUUGU